AUGACGACGAAGCUGAUGAAGAUGUCUGUUCAUUUGAAAAUACUCAAGACUGCCCUCUUGGAACUUCAUUCGCUUUCAGAAGUUCCUGGAAUUACGAUCAAGCAGGAUGAAGUAUUUGACCCAACCAUAUUUCUUAUCACUUGCGGGGAAACAUAUUGGGGAGAUGAUACUCUCUUCAACCGGGAAAUCAGCCACAUUCCUGACCAACCUUCUGGAACAUCCACCCCGCGACAAAUUGCCUUCAGUGGCAGGUCUUCAGUACUGAAACUCGGAGUUUUAAAUCCAGAUGCGGCAAAACCAGGGGUAGCGGUCACGGCUUUGCUUUCCCCUCUCACUGUCGGCUAUGGGUCUGGAACUUGUGAAGACACAGGUCUGUACCGAUGUAAGGAGGUGUAUCGGCCAGUUAACGAGGGAAAUUAUACGAUGAAAGUCAGCGAGGCGAGAGUUCAAGCCUGCUUGCCUGGCGCCAUUGCUACUUUGGAGAGUUUCGUGAAUGCGACUUUUGUGAGAACGAAGUUGGUGUGUCAGGUGAACACCAGUCUUGUGUUCGAGCUGCUUAGUCUGGAGAUCAGCGUUGUCAGGCAGGGCACCCGUCACCUGCUGGCCUACAUCAACAGUUUCCUGAACGACGCAAAGCUCAGCUACGUGAGCAAGGACGUAACGGCGGAAGGUCAAAUCCACCCGUUUCACCCGGCUGCAUCCAGUCUCAACGUGACCUCUGAGGUCACUUCCUUUCUGGAUGCGUCCGAACACACGGCCACGUGCACAGCCGUGUACUUGGCUAGAAAUGGCGGCGCCAGGAAUGUAGUGUCCAUGGCGGACAUCAAGGUAUGGUUCCAGAUAUGAGGUCUGGCAAUGGAGCUCGAGAUGGAAGAUGGAAGAUGAUGGAAGAUCUUCGACUAGCUGGACGUAGACAUGACUAAACUGACAUAAAAUAAUACAAAAGUAGUGAUGCCAUCUUAGGUGCACCUCUAUUGAUGCUGAUGUCCACAUAACAUUUGUUGUCCAUUUAUCCAGUUGUUCACUGUCCUUGUUCACUUUCCCUUUAUAAGGAGGCAUUUGACUGACAGCAGAAGGCAGUGUUUCUCUCAAAUAAAAAAUAAAAUCUGUGAAAU